AUGACAGAGUUCUGGCUUAUAUCUGCUCCUGGGGAAAAGACGUGUCAGCAGACCUGGGAGAAACUGCACGCAGCCACCACGAAGAACAAUAAUCUAGCCAUUUCGUCAAAGUUCAACAUUCCUGACUUAAAGGUUGGCACACUAGAUGUCUUGGUUGGUUUGUCAGAUGAACUGGCUAAACUGGAUGCAUUUGUAGAAGGGGUGGUUAAGAAAGUGGCCCAGUACAUGGCAGAUGUAUUAGAAGAUAGUAAAGACAAAGUUCAGGAGAAUCUGUUGGCCAAUGGAGUUGACUUGGUUACAUACAUAACACGAUUCCAGUGGGACAUGGCCAAAUACCCAAUCAAGCAGUCCCUAAAAAACAUAUCGGAAAUAAUUGCCAAGAGCGCUGCCCCCCAGUGCCUGGGCACACAGCCUGCCUUGGGUCCCGGGGGAAGUUUACUAACGCGAAGCCUAGCAGAAAUUGUGAAGAAGGAUGACUUUGUUCUUGAUUCAGAAUAUCUCGUCACAUUAUUGGUGGUUGUUCCAAAGUUGAACCACAAUGAUUGGAUGAAGCAGUAUGAAACACUAGCUGAAAUGGUAGUUCCAAGAUCUAGCAAUGUUCUCUCAGAAGACCAGGACAGUUACCUUUGUAAUGUUACCUUGUUCAGGAAGGCAGUUGACGACUUCAGGCACAAAGCCAGGGAAAAUAAAUUCAUCGUGCGUGAUUUCCAGUACAAUGAAGAGGAGAUGAAAGCAGAUAAAGAAGAAAUGAACAGGCUUUCUACUGACAAGAAAAAGCAGUUUGGACCACUUGUGCGGUGGCUGAAAGUGAAUUUUAGUGAGGCAUUCAUAGCCUGGAUUCAUGUAAAAGCAUUGCGAGUUUUUGUUGAGUCUGUCUUAAGGUAUGGCUUGCCAGUGAACUUUCAAGCAAUGCUACUUCAGCCCAAUAAGAAAACAAUCAAGAAACUGAGAGAAGUAUUGUAUGGCUUGUACAAACACCUGGACAGCAGUGCGGCAGCGAUUAUCGACGCUCCUAUGGAUAUUCCAGGCUUAAACCUCAGUCAACAGGAAUACUACCCCUAUGUGUAUUACAAGAUUGAUUGCAACUUGCUGGAAUUCAAGUAA